CAAAAAGUUAAAACUAAAGCGAUUGGAAAUUUGGACCAAAGGAUCAAAAGAUAAAUACUUUAAGAAGAAUUGUUAAUUGCCUUUAGUAGCUUUCAUGCAUCCAAGAUCGAUCCAGCUACAGAAUCUCCAAUAACCUUCUUCAAGAUGGCCGUAAGCAACAAUGUUAUUGGAGCCAUCAACUUCGUGGCCGUUCUCCUCUCCAUUCCGAUCAUCGGAGCCGGAAUCUGGCUAGCAACCGAGCAAAACAACUCCUGCGUCAAGAUCCUGCAAUGGCCGAUUAUCAUUCUGGGCGUUCUGAUCUUGGCCGUGGCUUUGGCCGGCUUUGUGGGAGGCUUCUGUCGCAUCCCUUGGCUGCUUAUCUUCUACCUCGUUGCCAUGCUGGUCCUCAUCAUAUUGCUUGCUUCUUUGGUGGUUUUCAUCUACAUGGUCACUGUUAGAGGCUCCGGCCACCUGGAACCCAGCCGGGCUUACUUGGAAUAUAACCUCGAUGACUUCUCCGGCUGGCUUCGCCGGAGAGUUCGGAGCUCUUACAAGUGGGAGAGGAUCAAGAACUGCCUCAGCUCCACUAGCACGUGUGCUCAAUUGAACCAGAGCUAUACCAUGGCACUAGACUUCUUUAAUGCACAUCUCACCCCCUUACAGUCCGGAUGCUGCAAGCCGCCGACCCAGUGCGGCUACACGUUCGAGACCCCAACAUACUGGGUUGCUCCGAUAAACAACGCGGCGGACAUGGACUGCUUGAAGUGGAACAACGACCAAGCCGAGCUGUGCUACGGCUGCAACUCGUGCAAAGCCGGGCUGCUGGAGAGCUUGAGGACGGACUGGAGGCGAGCCGACAUUGUGCUUUUGAUCACUCUGAUUGCUCUGGUUUCGGUUUAUUUGAUGGGUUGUUGCUCCUUCAGGAACGCCAAGACUGAAGAGCUCUUCCGCAAGUAUCAGCAAGGCUAUACAUGAUUAUGGCUGUGAAAUGUGAAUUAAUAAUGGGAGUUGGGAAUCUAGUUUGGAUUUGUUGUGACUUUGGAAGCUAGGACCAGAAGAAAAUGCUUUUGUUAUUUCCAUUCCAUUUGGUUGUAGAUGUAAAAGAGGUGUAGUUGGGAUUCUCGAU